GGGGCCUACGGGGACUACAACCCCCAUCGCUCCCCAUCCGCCACGCUGCGGAUGAUGGGGACUGCAGUUUGGAAGCCCUCGGGGAGGCAAGCGCCUCCCUGAGUGGCUGCAGACAGGGAGUUUGUCAGCUGCAAUUCAGACACCUCUCCUGCUAUGUCUUCCCCUGAAAUCGCCUCCCUGUCAUGGGGACGGAUGAUGGUGAAAGGCUGCCCCACAACUUAUAAAGAUUGUAAAGUAUGGCCCGGUGGCAGCCGAACGUGGGACUGGAGAGAAACGGGCACGGAACACGUGCCUGGGGUUCAGCCCGCCGACGUGAAGGAAGUCCUGGAAAAGGGCGUCAAGACGUUAGUGAUCGGUUGCGGCAUGAGCGAGGCCCUCCAGGUGCCGCCAGCCACAGUGGAGUACUUGAAGAGGCAGGGGAUCGACGUGAUGGUCUUGCAAACGGAGAUGGCUGUGAAGGAAUACAACACCUUGGCUUCCCAGGGGGUCCGAGUGGGAGGGGUCUUCCAUUCUACCUGCUGAAGGCCUGAAGACAGACCCUUCUCUCUCUCUCUCUCUUCCACCUGCUCCUUGGGGGAAAUCCAAAGGAACAUUUCCCCCACCCCCAUCCCUGCUGUGCCAACUUCCCACCCAGGAAUAAAACCAUUUGCAAAAAUAAAA